AUGCAGCUUCCAGGGACCCCAAAGGAGAAUGCGCCCAGGGUGCACAAUGGGCAUGGGACACCUGACUUGGAAGGGGACAUCUGGUCUCUAUGGGACAGCCUCGACGGCAUGGGCUGGGCCGCAAAUGCAGAACAAGACCCCAUUCUGCAGCUCCUGCCCUGGAGCCCUCCCCUGGGCAUCUCAGCAGUGCCCUCAGAGCUAGAUCUAGCCAACGCAGUCCUCACCCCGGGCCACACCCCAAGCCCAGCCUCAAAGCUCCAGGCCAGCCUUCAGAACAACGCCUCUGCAGACCAGACUCCUGCCACACCGCCGGUGCAACCCCGGGCUCCUAGCGAUCAUGGUCAGGCGCAGCCUACAGCUGCUGUCAGCUCAAGAGUGAACGCCUCAGGACCGCCAUCCUGGGCUGAAGAGGGCUCCAUGGGCGGCGCUCAGCGCGCAGCCGCCAACUGGGCCGCGCCGGUUGCAGGGCCGGCCCGGCCAGUGCCGGCCGCGCCCGCGCCGGCUCUGCCGCGGCUGCAGCCGCCCCCGGCCGCGGCCAGCAAGCCGCCGCGCAAGGACUCCACACAGCGCAAGAAGGCGAAGGUGGCGGCAGCAGGGUUGAGUGCGGGGUGUCUGCGCGAGCGCAAGGCGGCCCUGGAGCGAGAGCUUGUGGACUUGCUCAACCGCCACUCCGAGCUCAGCACCAACCUUCCCUGGCACAUGCAGCAUGAGGAGGUGGGCUUCAUGGCGUCCAUAGCCAGCUGCAUGGGCCCUGCAGCAGGCAGGCAGGCUCCUCCGGUCCAGUCAGCUGAUCCCCCGCCCUCACCAAACCUGCUCCAAGACCUCAUGCUGGUGUGUGUCCCCAUCUACACCCCACCCCUCAGCCCUGCCAAGGGCAUCAAGGAUGGACCUGAGCCGUGCGCAACAAUUGACGAGCUCUACAAAGCGGCCGGCCUCGGUGUGCCUGGCCCCGUAACGGGGAUCAAUCCGCCUUCAGGGCCUCAGGAGCAGGACGCCAGUCAGGAGCCGGCCGGCAAAGAGGCUGUACUGUGGAGCUCAAUUCUGACCUUUCUGAGGCUGUCCAAGGCUCAGAAGGACGCCCUGGCAGCUGCCUACAGCGCCCACCUGCUGCAAGUGGCAGCCCUGCGCAACGAGUGCUACAGCAUCGCUAACAAGCUGCAGAUGAUGCCCCGGGGGGAGGAGGGCCUGCUGGAGCCAAAGCUGGCAACCCACCUGGUGUGCGGCCAGCUCAGCGGCGUUGCGGUGCAUGCAGACCACCUCAUGCGCAGCCUCUCUGACGCUUGCAGCGAGGUGCUGAAUGAGGUGCAGCUGAACAAUCUGCGCGCGCUCGCACCGGCCGGGCCGGCCUCCUUCCUGUCGCUGUGCCAGGAGAUCACGGCCUGCCACAAGGCAGGCACCACCCCCUCUGCCAAGACUGCCACCGCCGCUGCCGCCAAACCGGCCAAGCCUCCCGUCAAGCAAACCAAGGCCGGCAAACGGGCCACAUACAGCCUCAAUGACACGGUCUGUGCGCCUGCGCCGAUCGCCAUCGGAGACGCGCCGGGCUCUGCUGACAUCAUCGCUGACAUUCUUGCGGCGGCGGCUGUCACAUCAGCACCAGGGAACGCCCCUGCGCAGCCCCAGCAGCCAUGCUUCGCCGGGGCGGACGCGGCAGUGACAAUCACUCUGUCUGCACCCGCACUCAAGAGAACGAAACGCAAGGGCGCUGACUUGUGCAACAAACAGUGGUGGGAUGCAACACUGUGCGUGGCCUGCACAAGCAUCGGGCAGAUCAUUCUGAGCUACCCCUACCAGAUGGCUUCCACUGGCAUCAUCGCUGGUGUGACUUUGAAGGUGGGCACAGACAUCAUAGCCAUCUACACACUGUGGCUGCUAGUCAUCCUAUUCCAGCAUCGCAAGCAGAGAAUGAUCUUCAUCGUCAUAUCUGUGCUAGGCACCGGCAUUGUCCAGAUUGUGGCAUCAUCCAGCAGCCAGUACGCGGUCAACAAAGAGUUCAACAAGAGGACGUGGAGCUUCAUCUUUGGGCCGAUUAUCAGCAUGUUUGCCUUCUUACCCACGGCGCGCAGCAACCGCCUGCUCAACAUUGUUGGCCUGGCGGGCACCAAUUACAGCUGCCUCUACUUCUUUAUCAAUGCAUGCAGCAAGGGCAUCGACCACAGCAAGAUCCUCUUGAGCCCACCUAGUGUCCAGCGCUUCUUCACAGGGGCGGCUGUGAUGGCGAGCGGGUCUGGCAGCUUUGCAGCGGUAAUGGAGAUCACAGACAGCAUGAGGCAGAGCCGCAAGAUGGAUCACGCCUUCGUGCUGGCCAUCAUCUGGAUCAUGUUACUGGUCAUUCCUCACACCACAGCCGUCGUGCUGGCUUACCCCCACCAAGCCCUCACACAAGGGAACAUUUACUCCAUCCUGCCGCCCAGCGGCUGGCGGACCGCAUCUGUCUACAUCAUGCUCAUCCACAACAUCGCAGCAUUCACUCUGCAUGUCCAGCCGCUGAUGUUUCUGUGGGAGCGCUUUGUACGAACACAAGGCCUGCCCUACUAUUUUCGCCUGCCCUCUCGGCUCCCAGUCGAUGGGGUGCUCAAUUCGCUCGCCAGCGCUCUGACUGACCCCUCGCUCGCCUUUUUCCUGCCAUGCCUCGCCUUCACCAUGUUCUAUUGGAAGAAGGAGCGCCGCGAGCAGUGCCCCAAGUUCAUUCCUGGCUUCCUGGCGCAGAGGGACUGGAUGCCAAUGUUCGUGAUCAACUUUGCGAUCAUGGUGGUCUUUGCAGUGCUCGGCGGCCUGGAGUUUGCGUAUGCUGUCAAGACACUCGCUGAGGAAAUAAACACCUUCCACUGGUUUGCCAAGUGCUACCAGUGCGCGGGCUCAACUUGA